AGCUUUACUUCCCACCACAAACAUCUAAAUUUUAACUUUACUUGAUGACGGAACCUUCGGUGCAGGGUCGAACAGUGUUGGGAUUUCCCGAAGACAGCUUCAUAGGACCUUUUGCCUGAUCCUGUCUCAGAAAGGCAAAAGGCGGUGACGACAGGCGGGUUCGGCUUGAUGGCCGGAGAUCCUCUUAGAAUAGUGCUGGAAAGCUCCGUGUGGGUCUGGGAUCGCGAAGACGACACUGGACCAAAGACGUGGCAUGCAAGAUGGUGUUCUGUAACAAAGAGUCCCGGCCAGUCACGUAUUCGCAUCCGUCUGUCACGUAAUGGACAGAACUUGCCACUGGAUGCACAUGGCCAUGAGGUCCCAAUGGAGAACUUUGCUGGUGUCGAAGUGUUCCCUGGACCAUACGAGGGACAGUCACACUGCUUUUCUUUGAUUACAUUCUAUCGAACGUACUGCAUCGCCUUGGCAUCAAUGGAUGCACUUCGAACAUGGGUUGAUUGUAUUGCUAACGAGCUGGGCCAUGAAUGGAAGUUUGAUGUUCGUGUGCUUGCCACGCAGAACAUCGUACCAGCUGGUGAUGCAAUUAUGCGUUUCUACCCGCGCUUUUUCAGUUUGACCAAUGGCUCUCCACCAGUCUGUCUCGGUCUAUGGCAGCACAAUCACUUGCGGCGUUAUGGUGGCUCUCAAGGAUUCUCGUUUGAAUCUGGCUCGAGGAGCAUCGGUGGUCCUGAAGUAUACCGUCUUGCUACGCACCAGGGAGCUUCCAUCAAGGAAUUAUUUGACUGCGUUGCUCAUGGCAGACAGUUGCCAGAACCACCAGUAGCUAUGAGGAGAACCUACUCAACAUCAUCUAAUUAUGCAGCUGGUGCUGACACGGACAGUGAUACGUGGAGUGUGUCACCAGGUGCUUCCAUGUCAGGUAGGCCUAUGCCUCCCAGUAACAACCCCUUCGCUUUCUCCAACGAUACAAUCAGCAUGUGCAGUGGUAUCUACUCAGCAACGGAUGAGCUGGGACAGCCACAACAGUCGCAACAGCAGCAGCAGGCGAGCCCAUCAGCGCAAUCUACUCGAGGCAGGGAUGGUGAAUAUGACUAUGUCUCAGUGGAUGUACCUCGCCGUCCAGCUGCAGCUGACAGAGACGUAAAUUACUUGAGUGUGAAGGUUGGCGGCGGAACAUCAACCACGACCACACCACAGACCAAUGAAACUAGCUCGCCCGCCUCCAACUCGCCAUCAAACGUAGCAACAUCAACUAUUUACUCGGGCGUGGAUAUACAAAAGACAACACGCCUCCGAGAUGCAUUAGUUCAAAGUCACCGCCAUUAAUUCCUUAAUUUGUCCAUCCUCAAGAAAGACAGGUACCCGCUUGUAGCGCAGAAUUCAAGAGUGGGUUUUUAUUGUUACUAUUGAUAGCAACAAUCCCAGCUUUUUCUGCCAACGUUCCAAGGCCAUGUUUGUAUACCACAGAUCCCUCUGCAGGCAGAUCAAU